AUGUCGGAUAGGAAAAAAAGUAAAGUUUGGUUGCAUUUUACUGUGGUCAAUAGUGAAAAAGCUAAAUGUGAUAUUUCAAAACAUUUUUCUACGCUCAAUGAAAAUGAGACUACUUCUCAACAUCAACAAUCUCAAUCGGCCAGGACGACUAUUGACGAGGCUGUGGCAGGUCCUUCAAGUGCUCCAGAUGUAAGACAUCACGACAGUACUACCAAGAUUUCUUUACAAUCUCAAUUGGCCGAAGUACCUACACUUAAACUUGCACAAACCAAAAUGUCGGCUUUUUCUGUACGCCUAGCAUCUGUGUCUAGAACAAAAAUGCUAAAUGAAAUGGUCCUAAACAUUAUUUUACAAGAUCGUCAACCAUUUUCUGUAGUCGAGGAUAACGGAUUUAGAGCCCUAAUAGCUGUCCUUGAUCCUUCCUAUCAACUACCAUCAAGAACAACUUUUAGUCGUGAUUUGUUAAAUAAAAAAUAUGAUGACGUUGUAUUGAGAGUGAAAUCUUUAUUAAAUGAAGCAGAGUAUAUAACACAACUAACACUUGGACAUCACGUUCUGUUGAAAAUUACAUGGCAGUAA